AUGGACUCGUCACAGGAUACUCAGCAGCGGCAAGAAUACCAGAAGUCUACGUCACAGCAGCCUCGGGCCGAUAAAAACAAAAGUAAAAGCAGUACAACCAGCGACAGCAGCCAUCAGCUGCAAAGUCCAACCAAGAGUCGCAGCAGCUCUCAAGCGGACUCGUCGCGACAUAUUUCCUCCUCUGCAAAACCAUCUACCUCUACCGACAUGCCCCAAUACACGUCAAGAGAUAUGGGGGACCCAUCCCAGAUCCGGAGAAACAAGCAGAGUAUGGCCGAUCUCAAGCUGCGCCGAUUGACCGAACUCAACAGCCGACUCAAGGAGGAUUUGGAAAGGGAACGAAUUCCUGUCAGCCAAGCUGCCAAAAGCAUAAUUGCCUACUGCAACAGCACCAGGGACUACAUGGUGCCCUCUGUCUGGGGAACAGUACCCAAGGGCGAGGAUCCUUACGCUCCACAACAGAACGGCGGGUGCUGUCUAGUCAUGUAA